AAAGAAUGCCAAGUGGCGUGUUGAGCAAAGAAUGCCAAGUGGCGUGUCGCUUGGAAGGCCGCACCCAACCGGAUGUGAUCAUGCGACAAUCCUUGUGAGCCGCUAAUGGCGCCGAGCCUGACUGCCAGACCGUCCCCCCUUCCAUCUCCUCGCCUCUCCUUCGCCAAGAACCAUCGCCUCCUCCUCGGCGUCAGGUGCGGCUCCGGCUCGCCCGGAAGCGGCGAUGACGACGCAUCGCCGGUCGUCAGGGCGGCGGUCAGCGCCGUCACUGAGCUCAUCAGGGCCCUCUCUCCCAAGAAGCCAAGGCAAGCUGUCGAAGCCGUCGACGCAGAGUCGGAGUCGCUUCGCAGCGUCGACGACGUGGUGGCUGUUCUUGAAGCCGACUACCGGCGUGCUUAUUUCCUUACUGGGAACUUCACUCUGGGCAUAUAUGCUGAAGAUUGCUUGUUUGAAGACCCGACGAUAAAGUUCCGUGGAAGGUCUAGAUACGCCCAGAAUCUGGAUUUGUUAGUGCCCUUCUUCGACAGCCCUUCGCUCCAACUUGAAAACAUAGACAAGGGUUCGAGGGUCGACACAAAGUUUAUCAUAGCAACAUGGACAUUAAGGACGUAUUUGAAGCUCCCGUGGAAGCCCCUCAUCGCCAUAAGAGGGAACACAACAUACGAUUUAGAUGAAGAAUAUAAGGUUGCACUACGUUUCAGGUCGUUAGGCACGCAGAGAGUUGGGACGUCUCUCCGCUGGAAGCGAUUGGACAGUUAUUCGUCUCGGCUCCAAAGCAAACGGGCAGCUGAGCUGGCAAGUGAACUUUGGAACAAUUGAUUAUAUCACAAAACCCACGGAAACCCACGACGAGCUUGUGUGCAUAAGUAAUUCUGCAGUUAUCUCUACUAUUAAAGGAGAGUUUGUAAGUCAUUCGUCUCCCUCCCAUGGCCCCACCAAUUGAACGAUCUUUCCACGAUUCUCGGUUUCUUUUUA